UUUGUCAAUGCAAAAUGCCGAAAAAAUUUUGCUUACCUAACUGUAAAGUACAACGAGAUGAUCCGGAUGGUCUUGAUCUGAGCUUUUAUAUUGUCCAAGUGUCCAGUAGCAAAGAAGCACCUGUGUCAGAUGACGUAGAGUUAAGUUUGAUUGAUCCCAAUGUACAGGAGAGUAACGAUAGCAGUAUCAGUGAAGUUACCAGCUCUAAGGUUACCACGAUAAGAUCUAGCAGUAUGCACAAAAAGUCGCUAUCAAAUAUUGAUAUGGAUUCAAUACCAUUUACAAUGGAGAAUCUACCAAUGAUAAGAAGAAUCCUCCUUAAUAGACAAAAUGAAGUUAUUGCUCUAAAGCGAAAGUUGCAGGAAUCGGUUCCAGCACAUGCUUCUGAAAUUUGGAAACGAAUCAUUCUCUUCUCUUAAGAAAAUUUGCUUCCACACUGCACUUCUAUUCUCCAAAGGCGAUCCAAUUACGAUAGCAAAAUGGUAUAGAAAUGUUGAAUGUACAUCUGGUAUCAACGAAGAAUCAUUAAAUGCUGUUACAAAAAAAAAACUUAACGAAGAGAAAAAAAACAAUGGAAACAAACCAGUAUUAUGCAAUUUAGUCAUGGAUGAGAUGAAAAUAAAAAAAUCUAUUGAUAACGUUAAUGGUAAAGAACGCUACAUAGAAGUUGUGAAAAUAGCAAAUGAAAAAUUUAAUUAUAUAAAGUGCUACGGUCUAUGGUUCUGGUUGCUGCCAGUUACAUGCUUACCAUGUACUUCCUUAACUUUAACUAGCAGUCAGGGCAAAGCUUUUGGAAAAAACACCUCUGAAGAUGCUGACAGUGAAAAAUGACGAAACAUUUUAAAGCAUUGACCAGUUACAGAGGCUACUACCCAACAUCUCAUUAUGUGAGGAACAGGUUCUGCCCAUAGCAAUGUUUGACCCAAAAAAAAAACGAAAUGAAUAUCAGGGCAAUCCUAGGGGUUUUGAUAGCAGGUCCGUCUCCACAGAUCCUAGCCCGAGAAUGAUAAGGACAGGUCACAGGUUCCUAGUUAAGACUAAGGAAGUGUAAUGUAAGUCUGUAAGUGCCGGCGAUCAGGUACAUAAACCAACAACCUGAAAAUUUGUUGUAUUUUAAAUAUCAACAUGGGCCAUAAAAGCUUUAAAAACAACCAGUUAUACAGGGUUCUUCAGGAUAAGUGGCCUAUUACACGUUUCAGACGAACCAAAGACAAUAUGACUCUGAAAUUUUAUGUACGGGGAUUAUCAGAUAUGCUCUCUUCAAUGAAAAUAAUGCCAUCAAUGUAGCAGUUCCGGUUAUACCGGAAGUA